AUGGGCAAGGACACCAGUAAUGGUCUCAUUCUUUCGUCAAAGAAGGCCACCUGUCGCUUCCGCGGGGAGAAGGGCCGGGAGAUCGAGAGGCUGCAGGCGGCGCUGGAGGCGGAGAAGAGCAGGGGCAGGCAGGCGCACAGGAGGUACUCGGCGGAGCUGAAGCGGCAGAGGGAGGCGGCGGAGCGUGAGCGGCAGAAGGCUGUGCGGGACCUCACCCACAGGUAUGAGCGGGAGAAGGCCCUGGAGCUGCUGAGGCUGCGGGAGGCCCUGGGAAAGGAGCGGGAGGCCGAGGUGCGCCAGCUGCUGCGCUGGAAGGGCGGGGGCAGCCCGCAGAAGGAGCGAGAGUCCGCCGUCAGGCAGGCCCGGGAACUGUACCGUCAGCUGGCCCGUGAGCUCGCUGGCAAGCCCGGCCCGCGCAGCCCGGCGGGCAGGAAGUGUCCCGGUCAGCCCAGCUGCCUGAGCAAUGUGGUGAUCUACCACAGGCUCGAGCAGCUCCUCACCACGCUGCAGUGGGAGGCGCAUGGCGAGCAGUCCGCCCUCGUGCGACGACUCAGGCAGGAGCUGGACCUGGAGAAGAACUUCUUCCUCCGUCACCUGCUGGAGGCCCACAGCUGGGCGGAGCCGGAGAGCAGCUGCAGCAGCAGCAAGCGGCGGUCCGUGAGCUGCGCCCAACUGCACAGGCCCCCUAAGGCCGACCCGGACUCCAGCUUCGGCGGGCCUCGCGUGUCCCGCUCCAGGUCAUCCCCCCAGAAGUCCAGGAGCGCUUCCCCGGGACCCAGGAAGAAGAGGGGAGAGGCGUGGAGUUCACUGCCCAGGAGGGAGCAGUUCCAAGUCUGCCGCUGCUCCUCUCCGCUCAAAGAGACCUCCUGCAGCAGCGUGUCCUCAGAGUCCCGCUCCACGCAAACAUCCCUGUCUUCAGGGGGGACGCCCCUCCUCCAGAACUCCAUCACCGAGUCAGCCGUAUUGGAGGAGUCCUCCCGGUCCAGAUGCUCUCUCGCAGAUAUGGAGAACAUGAAUGGCACGGAUUACGGAUAUCUGGUGCGUCAGAACUCGGAGCUGCUCCGGGCGCUGGGGGAGCUGGAGAAAACAUGCGCUGCUCUGAAGGAAGAGAACGGCCUGCUGCGCAAAAGCAGCUCCCCGGAAACGGAGGAGAAGGUGAAGAGACUGAAGCGGAAGAACACGGAGUUGGCAGUCAUCGCCAAGCGCCUGGAGGAGAGGGCUCGCAAGCUGCAGGAGGCCAACCUCAAAGUGGUGAAUGCCCCUGCCUCGCUGAAGGCUGGAGCGGUGGAGCAGUACAAACGAGCCUUUGCCCGACAGCGGGCGAGAGACCUGGCCCAGCACGCCGACACCCUGCUGUCCAAGGACAAAGAGAUCGCCGUCCUGCAGCAGGAGUGCCGGGAGCUGCAGGCUCGGCUCAGCACAGGGAAGGGCUCCCCCAGCCCCUCGGGGAUCCCGGAGUUCGAGAGGCUCCUGCGUGAGUCCCAGAGGGAGGUCCUGAGGCUGCAGAGGCAGCUGUCCGUGUCGUCUGUCAAGGAGCCCGUCCCCGGGAGCGCCCAGGAAAAGGUUACAGCUGAGACCCCUUUGCCCGCAGUGGAUGAAGCCCCAGCCGGGUGCGAGGAGACUCCUGGUGAGGAGGAGAAGCAGAAACGGCCUGUGAGCCCAGAGCCACCCCCCUGCCUCUCCCAAGAGGGCCAGCCUGUAGAACAGCGUUUACAGUUGCUGGUGAGCACCUCCCUGCACUCCUUCCACUCUGUCAGUCAGAUACUCCACAGCAUGCUGCUCUCUGUAGAACCUGCUCUCAUGCCCCAACAGUUUGCAGGGUUUGCAGAUAAGUGCUCCAAGGAAAGCGAGCUGAGCAAGAAGAGAAAAGAAUGUGAAAGCCUUGAACAUGAAGUGAAGAAAAGACAGAAGAGAUGUCUGGAUUUGGAGAGCCAGCUUGAGGAUGAGCGAGCCAAAAAUGAGCAAGUAGAGCAGGAGGCGGAUCACCUCAGGCAGAAGGUGCAGCUGCUUGACCAGGUGCAGGUUGAGAAUGAGGUGCUGAGGGAAGACCUCUCUGAAGUGACCGCUCAACGCAAUUCAGUUCUCGAGGAGAACCAGAGACUCCGCGCCAAACUGGAGAACCUAGAGCAGGUCCUAAAGCAUAUGCGAGAGGUAGCUGAGAGAAGGCAGCAGCUGGAAUUGGAACAUGAGCAGGCACUGGCUAUCCUCAAAUUCAAGCAGGACGAGAUCAAACGGCUACAGCGGGCUCAGUUUUUUGCCAAGAGGGAACAUGAAGGGGUUGUGCAGAUGCUUGAGGAGUUGAUCCAGCUAGUGUUGCAGAGAGAGCUGGGGAAGGUGCGGGAGCUGGAGGAGAAAUGCCGAAACCAGAGCGAGCAGUUCGGCCUGCUGUCCCACGAGCUGGAGAGGUUCCGUCACCAGGCGGGCAAGAUGGACCUGGGAGGCAGCUCCACCCUCUCCAACCCGGGCCUGUCCCAUCUGACCAAUGGGGUCGGGUUGGCCGGGGAGAGAGAUCUGGGGCCUGCGCUUCGCUCAGCGGCCGCUCCCCACACAGCAGGGCUGGGGAAGACGGAGCGGUCCCCCACCAUCCGUCACCGCGAGCUGCCGACCAUCAGCGUCAAAUCGGGCUCCACGUCCAGCACCCCCAAAUCCGAAUCCAAGCACCUCACCCCAAAAUCCGAGUCCCUCCCGCACAGCCCACGGAAGUCCUCCCCGACCCACGAGGUUGACACUGCCAGUGAGGUGGAGGAGCUGGAUAUUGACGUGUCCCCUAUUCCAUACCCUGGGAGCAGAGUCACUGCCAAGCUGCAAGUCUUCAUCGCCAGAUACAGCUACAACCCUUACGAUGGCCCCAAUGACAACCCAGAAGUGGAGCUCCCACUCACUGCUGGGGAGUACAUCUAUGUCUAUGGAGAUAUGGAUGACGAUGGCUUUUAUGAAGGGGAGCUGAUGGAUGGCCGGAGAGGGCUGGUCCCCUCCAACUUCGUGGAGCGCGUCUCCGACGACGACAUGAUGAGCUUUCACCCCCCGGAGGUGGGCGACAUCUCCCACAACUCCUUCCAGGAGAGCAGCUUCCUCAGCAGCAGCGAGAAGCACCUGCGCUUCAGCAUCCACAACUCGGAGAGGACGGAGCCGUCCGCCGCGGCCGAGCUGUCCGCGGGCAAAGGGCCGGCCCCCAUGACCAACGGCCUGGACCUGGACAUGGAGGAGGUGGGCGUGGACACAGUGCCUUACCCGCGCAAGCUGACCCUGAUCAAGCAGCUGGCCAAGAGCAUCAUCAUCGGCUGGGACGCCCCGCUGGUGCCCGCCGGCUGGGGGAGCAUCUGGAGCUACAACGUCUACGUGGACAAGGAGCUGCGGUUCAACAUCCCCUUCGGCUCGCAAACCAAGGCGGUGCUGGAGCGCAUGGACCUCAACCUCAAGACCUACCGGGUCUCCGUGCAGAGCCUGACGGAGAAGGGGAACUCGGACCAGCUGCGCUGCACCCUGCUGGUGGGGCGGGACGUGUGCGUGGCCCCCACGCAGCUGCGGGUGGAGCGCAUCGCCGCCACCUCCGCCAACCUCACGUGGCUGCCCAGCAACAGCAACUACGUGCACAUAGUGUCUUUGAACGACGAGGAGUGCGAGCUGGUGAAGGCCGGCAGCUACUCCCUCUGCCUCAGCAACCUCAAGCCCAACCUGCAGUACUGGGUGAAGGUGGAGGCCAAGCCUCACCGCACGCCCUGGGAGCUGCCCCUGGAGCGGCGCGAGCGCAAGAGCGCCACCACCUCCUUCACCACGCUGAUGGCCGGGCCCCCUGACGCCCCGCUUGAUGUGCAGCUGGAGAAGGGUCCCUCCCCUGGCAUCGCACUCAUCACCUGGCUCCCCGUCACCAUCGACGCCGCCGGGACCUCUAACGGCGUCCGGGUCACGGGGUACACCAUCUACGCCGACAAGAAAAAAGUGCUAGAGGUGUCCUCCCCGACGGCGGGCAGUGCCCUGCUGGGACCCUCCCAGAUCCAAACCCUGCAGACCGCCCACGAGCUGACGGUGCGGACCAUGUCUCCCCACGGCGAGUCGGCCGACUCCGUGCCCGUCAAGGUCCUGGCGAAGCUCAUGGCCAUCACGGCGGGCAUGGCCCCCCCUCAGCCGUCUGUGCCGGCGGUCUCCAGCGUGGAUCCGGCCGCCCACCCCACGCCCCUACCAAUUGCCAAAACACCCACGUUGCUCCACAACUCGCCUCUAGAGGGACACUGCACCCCCAUAGGGGCCUCCGCUGAAGCCUCUAAAACGGACUCCACAGAAAGCGUCAAGCCCUCCUACGUUGAGGCCUGGGCCAACCCCUCCUCUGGCAUCGUCCCCAGAGACCCUCCUGCAGUGCAGGUCUCUCCUGCAUCACUUCCCCGCAGCAGCCUAGCGGUCAGCGCGACCUUGUCCUCAGGAGCUGACGACAUAUUAGACUCAAGCAAAGGCCGCGACAGCCCCGGAGUGAAGCGCCCGGCUGUAUCCAUCUCUGACUUCCUGGAGGAGGCGGUGUCCAGCACCGAGCUGAGCGCACACGCCCCCAGCACCCCGGCUCCCAACACACCUCCUCCCAGCACGCCCUCUCCCGUGAUCCCCGCCCUCCUCACACCCACUCCUAGCCCUUCCAAAGCUCCGCCCGUGGCCCCAGUCCCGGAGAUAGACCCCCUGAACCCCCCAGAAACGCACCCUCUCCGCCCGGUCAACCCCUCCCCGCUGGAGUCGGAGGCGGAGGACGAGAGCUCGAGGGAGAAUAGCCGCCUGGUGUCCAUAGAGGAGUUCCUGGACCAGGGCCAGCACCGCCGCGCGCAGGGUCACGACGGCAGCUACCUGAAGAGGCGCCAGGAUUAUAGUUCUGGUCAGUUGGAGCCGCUGAGUGAGUACCAGGCGGAGAGCAGCCGUGGGUCGGACCUGUCGGACAUCCUGGAGGAAGAGGAGGAGGAUCUGUACUCAGACCCCAUGGGAGAGGAGCGGAGCCGCGGCUACAGCACCGCAGUAGCAGGCAGGCCGGACGUGUGGGAGGCAGACAGCGACGAGGAGAUCCUGGAAAAGAUCCUGAAGCUGCCCGCGCAAGCCUCCCACAGCAAGCAGCUCUUCAGCAUCCCUGAGGUGACGGAGGAAGAGGACAACAGCCAGGAGCUGGAGGAGGCCACCACACGGACCUCCCCUCAGAUGCAGCACCACCCCCUGAAGGCGACCUCCAACUUCCUGCCUGCGGGCGACGGCUCGUUGAAUGAUACAUACAGGAGCUCAGAAGACCUGCGGUACAGCACCCUGCCGGUCAGGAGCAAGCAGCAGUUCCGGGUUCACUACUCUGACACCAUUGACACCAUCAACUACCAGGAGGCGGAGCUUGAUGCCGACGGCCGUGUCUACUUCCCCGGCAAGGAUGUUUGGGUUCGGAAGCCCCACGAGAGCGGGCACAAGUCCUACAGCGGAGACCGGCUGAGGAGGGAGGCCCUACUGAGGAGCCAGAUGUCGUCGGACCUGGCGGCGUCUGGCCAGCAGCUCAGAACGGCCGGGAGGCCCCAGGGGUCGGGGCUGGAGAUAGACAUCGAGUACGGAACCGAGGACGACGAGGAGUCCGCCCCCUACAACCCGGGCGAGGCGGCAGGAGCGGAGCGCGCGGCCUCUGAGUGGUGGGCGGAGGGCGGGAGCUCGGAGGGCCUGGAGGAGCUAAGCAGCUGCUCCAGCCAGUUUGAGUCCCUCCCUCUGGAGGCCCGCAGAAUAAGGGGCGCCCUGGGGCCUUACUCCGGGGGCAGGGGGCCCACAGAGGCCCCGCCACAGGACUACCACAGGUCACCCCUGCGGAGUGCCAAACCCGAGCACAGCGCAAAGGUCUACACCGCCAACGACGGCCACGCAAGGGUGUGUUUCCUCUCGGUGUGCAGGAAUGGGGGAGCUGCAACUGAAGCACUUAUCGUUGGUCAGGAAACCCUUGGCAAUGGGGACCUACAGCUGGCUGAAGCUGGAGCGUCCUGGUACGGACAGACCGGCCUCUCACCGAAGCAGGCGGGCAUGGAGGAAAGGCACCCAAAAGAUGCACAGCAGGGGCUGCAGGCCCAGAGGCCGGCGGCCGACGGCGAGGUGCGCAUCUUCGUGGCUCUGUUCCCCUACGACCCCGCCGUCAUGUCGCCCAAUCCGGACGCUGCAGAGGAGGAGCUGCCCUUCAGGGAGGGGCAGAUCAUAAAGGUGUAUGGUGAAAAAGACGCUGAUGGCUUCUACCGCGGGGAGUCUGGAGGUCGCUUCGGCUAUGUGCCCUGCAACAUGGUGUCGGAGAUCCAGGUGGAGGAUGAGGAGACCAAGGACCAGCUGCUGCUGCAGGGCUUCCUACCUGCAGAAGCCUCUAUGGAGAAAAUAGGCACUCGUUCACAUGCACAGCUUCCGCGUCGCCCUGUUCCGCCGCCGAAACCUAGACGAACCAAGAAAGCCGAAUCCGCUGGCGUCUGGGAGGACAGUGUAGACUCGAGCAGAGGUUUCAGCCAGCCUCCCCCUGCGCCCCAGAGCCAGGUCCCACGGCGAAUGGUGGCCGUCUUCGAUUACGACCCCCGGGAGAGCUCCCCCAAUGCCGACAUCGAGGCUGAGCUGACAUUCAGCGCAGGGGAUGUUAUAUAUGUGUUUGGGGACAUGGAUGAUGACGGAUUCUUUUAUGGAGACCUAAAUGGUCAGAAAGGUCUGGUGCCAUCAAACUUCCUGCAGGCCCUGCCCGAAGCUGGGGACGAGGCCGCUGGGGGUGCCGCGGUAGACCUGGGGACAUCGGAGAGCAGGCGAGAGUCCCAGAGGUUCAGGCGGAGACUCAGUGUGCAUUCAAAGCCUAAAGUUGUACCCUCUGACAUUGUGGCUGAAGUGUCUGUGCCUGUUUCCGUUGGGUUCCGUUGUUCUCUAUUUGGUAGUGUUCUUCUCAGGCUAACCGUGCCCUGCAGCUUAGUAAAGACAAGGCGUAACAUAAGAGGCAAUGCCACCAUACAGUGCGUGUCAUGCGCAGAGGGACCACAGAGAGUAGACCUGGAGAGGACAGAGGAGGCCAUCGUGCUCAUUGUCUUUAAUUCCCCUCAGGUGAGCCUGAGCGUGUCGGAGGAGCAGAGCGCACCCCCAGCGGUGACAGAAGAGGAGCCGUCCCCAGCUCCAGACCCAGCCCCCAGCACUGCCCCCCCACAGCCGCUGCCCGCAGAGAGCCCCAUGCAGACAGACACCUCCCCCCCAGGCAAGAAGAAGAGGGGCUUCUUCUCCAAAGGGAAGAAGCUCUUCAAAAAGCUGGGAUCCAGCAAGAAGGACUGAAGCAGCGACCACUUCCCUUUUACCCCGAAGCACUUUUCAAAGAUUCUUUUCAUGCUGUUUAACGCUGAUCAUUUAGGACACUAACCACUUUCUCCCUGAGAUGCGUACUGGAAAUGUCCCUCAGAGUUACCAUCUCUGAGUUACCAUCUACCAUCUCUGGAGAUUCCUUCCAGCACUUGAAGUUUAUUUAACAUUUGACAUUUCAAUGCUUUUAUAGAAGAUCUUUUUAUAAUUUAAGAUAAGCAAAAUCAAGGACACAGGAGUGUGAGGUUGCAUCUCAAGUUGGGUGCACUUCCUGUACUCUGUGAACUGCUUGAAAUACUCCACAAGUUGGGCUCAAUAUUAUUCUUAACCCUCAUUUAGGCUCAAGUCAAAAGCUUAAAUAUAUUUGUGUACAAUUUAUGAAUAAUAUAAGCAAUUAAGAGGUCCAACCUAUUAUGCCACGAUUGGUUUUAUAGCUGUGUAAUCCUGUAUGUACCGAAACGCCCGUGGGAAUGCUUUUAUGGUGUUUUAUCUCUGUCAGUAGACCUACAAAUGGUCUGUCUCUGUUGUUGUCCCAAACCCAAUGGAAGAGAUUCUCUCCUUAGUCUUCUGUUGGUUUGUUCCAGUUUAUCAGGUGGAUUCAGUGGGGGGGGGUUAAGUUUUAAGUGGAUUUAAUCUAAGUGGUAAUUGCAUGUUUCUCGUGUAAGGUGUUUUUAUAAGUGUUUUAAUGUCUUUGGCGUUUGAAAUUCCACACUCCUAAUGCACUGCUCAGUUAUUUGAUGUUCAGUAUGGUAGUGUGCACACACAUACAUACGUACAUACAUACAUGUAGCUGCAUUCAUACCAAGAGUCCCUGAGCUGAACAGCCAGGCUCAGUUUGCAAUCAGGAAAACCUUGAGCUUUCAGCUGAGCUGCAAGAUCUACUGGAGGGUGGCAGUGGUGGAUAUUUGGAAACUGCUCGACAUUGAUGGGCAUUCGCCACCAGAAUUAAGUGUGAGAGAUGGUCGUGUUUGCAGGCGGGGCAUCCCGUUAUUAAUUAGGUGUAGAUGUACCGUUAGCUCGUGAACCUGAGACUGUUGUCUUUGCCUUUCUGAACACUUGCUUGGAACUCGUAUUUUAUUGCUGUAUUCUGAGUUUUGAUGGAUGGAAGCUGAAAUGACAGUGGGGUGACUCGUUGACUUCUCGCUGCUGCCACCCAUUAGCGUGUCUGCAUUGCUGUUUGUCCAGCUAGCUUAGUGUGAAGUC